ACUUAACAGCGUAACAUUCGGAGGAAGUAAACAAUAGAAGUGCUACUUGCGUUAGCUGCAUACGUGAAUCAACGGGAAGAAGAUAUUUCCGCAGGGUGGAUAUUAUUUCAGUUUCAAACAAUGUCUUCAGUUGAGUAUUUGAGACAGUUUGUCAUCGAGCGACUAACUGCUGCUGCUGAAGAAAUAUUCGGAGUUUUUAACAAAACUAUCGUCGAGUAUGAAGAGGAAGUCGAUCGUCAGCGCAGGCUGCUGGCUGUAGUGUGGAAACCCGAGAUAAAGUUACACAGGAUAGAGCUCCCACAGCAACAUGUCUGUAAGGAGGAGGAGCUUCUCACUGAGCAGCAGCUCUGUAACCAGGAGAGGAGCUCCGCUGUGGACCAAGAGGACCCAGAGCCUCCACAGAUUAAAGAGGAAGAGGAGGAACUCUGCACCAAUCAGGAGGGAGAGCAGCUUGUACUGAAGCAGGAGACUGAAUCCUUUAUGUUGACUCCUGCUUAUGAGGAAAAUGAGCAAAGUGAAGAUCAGAAUGUGUACUUGAAUCCUGAUGAAACUGAAAAUGCAGCACAGAGUGAGUGUGUAGUAAACAUGUCAGUUUCAAGCUCUGUGGUAUCAGAAGCAAACAGUGACGUGAAGCUGCUCUGCAACAACUCUGAUGCAGCUGAGAGUCGAGAUCAGAACGGAGGCAAACAUGAAGACUCACAACAGCACAAAAGUCAUAAGAAUGUACACAACCCCAGCACGUUAAAAACUCACAGCAGUUCUGAGGCAGGUAAAAAGGCUUUUAUAUGUGACUAUUGUGGAAAAGAUUUUAAGUACAAGUCAGUAUUUCAGAUACACCUGAGAGUCCACACAGGUGAGAAGCCAUUUUCUUGCAGCAGUUGUGGAAAAAGAUUCAGUCGUAGAUCAACACUGAACAUUCAUUUUAGAGUCCACACAGGUGAGAGGCCUUUCCUUUGCAAAACAUGUGGAAAAGCUUUUAGAUGUAGUGGUCACUUGUCAAAUCACAUGAAUGUCCACACAGGUGAGAAGCCGUACGUUUGCAAAACGUGUGGGAAACGAUUCGCAUUUAGCGGUUCCUUGUCCGACCACAAGAGAGUGCACAUGGGUGAGAAACCAUACUCAUGCAAGACAUGUGGGAAAGGUUUCAGACGCAGUGGUCACUUGACAGCCCAUGUAAGAAGAGCCCACAGAAUAACAGUGGAAACAUAUCAAAUGUUGACAGUGGACAAUGUCACUACUCACAAGACCAUCCGCACUUUUCCGCCCUGGAUGAACGGAGAAGUCCAGAGUCUGCUGACACUGAGAGACAAUGCUUUUCACUAAGGCGAUCAGGUGGCUUACUCAGCAGCCAGGGCCAACCUGAAGAGGAGCAUCAGGGAAGCUAAGCGUUCCUACAAAAGAAUGAUAGAGCAGCACUUUGAGGACUCUGACCCCAGGUGUAUGUGGCAAGGCAUUAAGUCUGACUACGAGAACAAUAACUCCUGUCUGCUCAGCUCACACAACCCAACUCUCCCUGACGACCUCAACAAAUUUCAACUUCGCACGCUUCGACGAGGGCACCAAUCACCACCACACUGGACUUAGGGAGUCCACAUCACAUGUCCUGGUGCUGAGCGAGCACCAGGUGAGGCGAGCCCUCGGCAACAUCAGCCCGGGUACGGCACCUGGACUGGACGGCAUUCCCGGGCGGGUUCUGAAACACUGUGCAGGCCAACUGAGUGAAGUCUUCAUGAGCCUGUUCAACACCUCCCUGGAACAAGCCACAGUCCCCACCUGCCUGAAAACCAGCACCAUUUAUCCUGUGCUGAAGCAGGCAGCCAUCAAGCCCUUGAACAGUUCGCUAGCCUGCCUCUCUGAUGGUGUGAGGGUGUUUUAGUGUCUAUGGAAUGAGCAGCGUGCUGACAGCAGCAUGGCUGUGUAGAAGAGGAGUCCGGGUGUCCAAACCUUUCACGACCAACUGAAAACAUUUGGUGCAUCUUAAAACGCAAAAUAUGACAAAGAAGACCCAGGACUGUUGAGUGGUUAAAAUCCUGUAUCAGGCAAGAAUGGGACAACAUUCCCAUCACAGAACUCCGGCAACUGGUCCCCUCGGUUCCCGGGGAUGCUACACCUUGGUAAACAUGGCCCUAUCCCAUUUCUUUGAAAUGAGUUGCUGCCAUAAAUUUCAAAAUUAGGUAGUAUUUUCAUAAAAUAAUAAAGUUGCUCAUUCUCAACAUUUGAAAUGUUUUCUCUACUGUGAAUAAAAUAUGGGUUUAUGAGAUGUGCAAAUAACUGCAUUCUGUUUUUAUUUCCAUUUCACAGUGUUCCAACUUUCUUGGAAUUGUUAUAAAAUGUGUUCCAUAAAGAUGAGUUGUUGAUAUAUGAACAUUUUUGGUGUUAAGUUUCUAAUAGUCUUAGUGUUUGUUGUUUUUGUCUGUAAACAAUCUUAAUUCCCAAAUGGAGGAUGAAUGUCAGUUUCACAGUGGAUGUUACAGUAAUAAAUGCUGUGAUCUUGAUGUGUCCCCCA